GGAACUUCCGAUUGGCUGUCGUGUUGUCAGGGCCGAUGACCGGCGAUGAAUUAGUUGGUGAUUGGUCAGGCUCUUUGGCAGGAGGCUGUCAGUGUGGGAACGCCAUAUUUGUUGUCGUGUCAGAGUCCGGAGCUGCGGCAGGAACGGAGGGAGGCUUCGGAGGCCGGAGCCGCGGCACGGAUUACCUUACCAUCGGCACUUCAGGUGGAAACUAAACCGCUUGGUUUUAUCACCUUGAGAAAUUUUCGAGAGCGAGUAACCGCUGGCGCUGCACUGCUGAUAUUCGAGCUGAAGCUGUGACGGUUCAGUCCUGACUGGGAGAUGGUGCAAACCUGAGCAGGACUUGGUCCGGGCUGCAACUGGAACUGGGAGCGAAGGCUGGGGCCGGGCUGAAUGAGGAUAAAUAUUUGAGUGACAGAGAAUGGAACAACAAGCAGAUGAGCUGAUUACGCCAGAGGCUGAUGAACAGAUGUCAAAUUGUGACCAUGAGAAAGUAAAUCUGUCAGUGAUUGAUGGUGGCAAAAGUGAUGAAGUUAUUAAUGGCAUCACAAGUGAGGAAACUGAUGCACAAAAUGGUACAUGUCUUGAGUCAGAGAUGUAUUCAGCAACCAAGACACUAACAUUAAAAGAAGACACAAAUUCAGAACAUAACGAUGGAUCUGCCAAAACACAAGUGAAUGUAAAGAUUGAACGGUGUAUGAAUAACUUGGCAGAUCCUGGCGGAAGUGGAGAGCCAUGUGCUCUAAUGUCUUUCAGCAGUAAUAUGGGAAUAGGAACGGAAUGUAAAGAAAAAGUGAUUGAUUGUGGAGAAUUUGUUACAUCGGUCAGUGAUCAAACAUUUAAUCCCAUAUCAGAGAAGUUGACACAGGCAGAGACUACUGAUUGGCGCAAAUGCGUAUCUCACCCUUCACAGAAGAUUGAUUCAGCAAGUCCUUUUGAUACCAAGAUAACUAAGGAUCUAAUAUCCAGGAUGGAAUUUGAAUCUUCUCAAGAUGCUUUGCUGGAUGAACUAGAAUCAGAAUAUAGUACUUUUUCAACAGAUUCAACAGUGACUCCCAGUUUACCUAAUGGAAUUACAAAAGAACGAAGCGCUGUAGUCAUAUUCAAUGAAUCUCUGCAAAAUAAAUGUCUUCAACAAGCAAGCAAAAUAAAGAAACUGACAGAAGAAAACAGAAAGCAUCAGGAAAUGAUUGUGGAGAUUUGUGCAGAAAAAGACAACUUGAAGGAUGAACUGAAAAAGCGUUCGGAAACAGAAAAGCAACAUAUCAACAUGAUAAAACUAAUGGAAGCCAAAGUUGAAACCCUAAUGGAGGAAAUAAAAACCACGAAGGAAAGGCUGAUUUCUCAGGAUGCUGCGGCCAAAAACGCCAUUCAGCAAUUGCAAAGAAAUCUGACUUUUCAGAUAGAACAAACUAACAAAAAAUGUGAAGAGGCGCGACAAGAAAAAGAAGCCAUGGUAAUGAAAUACGUUCGUGGAGAAAAAGAGGCACUUGAUCUUCGAAAAGAGAAGGAAGGGAUUGAAAAGAAGUUACGUGAUGCAAACCGAGAGCUGGAGAAACUGACAAUGAAGACCAAGCAGCUCACACAAGAGAAGACAAGAUUGCAACAGCUAUACGAGGCCAAGGAAGGGGAAGCCACAAGGCUCAACAGAGAGGUUGAAAAACUGAAGGAAGACAUUAAUUCCAACAUCAUCAAAGUGAAAUGGGCCCAAAACAAGUUAAAAAGCGAAAUGGAUACACACAAGGAAACAAGAGAAAAACUGAAGGAAACAACAGUCAGGCUAACUCAGGCUAAAGAAGAGACAGAACAAAUUCGGAGAAACUGUCAAGACAUGAUCAAAACCUAUCAGGAAUCUGAAGAAAUUAGGUCCAAUGAGUUAGAUGCCAAACUUCGAGAGACCAAAGGAGAACUGGAAAAACGCUUGCAGGAAAAAUCUGAUGAAAUGGAGAUCCACCUUGCUCAAAUAAAAGAACUUGAUGAUCUGAAGAAAACUUUUAAGGAAGGGAUGGAUGAGUUGCAUACUUUGAGAACAAAGGUGCAAUGUCUUGAAGAUGAGCGACUGAGGACAGAAGAUGAACUGUCAAAGUACAAAGAAAUAAUCAACCGACAAAAAGCAGAAUGCCAAUCUUUGCAUGAGCGCGUCAAGUUGGUAAACCAGUUGCAAGAACAACUUGAAGGAAAUGAACAAGAGAUUCAGUCGCUGAAGGAAGAGGUUGACAACUUGAGUUCGCUCAUUACGGAUUUGCAAGAGGAUAUUGAAGGGAGUCGUAGAAAAGAAUCUGAGUUGCUUGUAUUCACAGAAAAACUGACAAGCAAAAAUGCACAACUUCAGUCUGAGAACAAUACACUGCAGACUCAGCUUGACAAACUAAGUAUUCAUGAACGGCAACUGAGUGGGCAGCUUGAAGAGUUGGGACAGACCAAUGUUGAGCUGAUGGACAGAUUGCAGAAAGAACAGCAACUACGGCAAGAAGACGUGAAAGCUCUGCAGAACGAGGUGAUCAGUGAACAAAAGGAAGUGAGUAGGCUGAAUUUACAAGUGGAGGAGCUGAAAGAUGAACUUGCCACACAGAAACGAAAAAAAGCAACCAAUAUUAAGGACCUCACGAAACAGCUUCAGCAAGUACGCCGACGAUUGGAACAAAUGGAAAAUGGAAACUGUGACAGCAAAGAGGCGAGCAGCAUGGGAAGUCGUUCAAGUUCAUCAGGUAAACAAAAAAAUGUUACAAAGAAGUAUAAUAAAUUGUCGCGUGAAACUGGUUCUCUAGAUGCCCGAUGCAGUAAAGAAGAAAGGUCUCCAGAGAAUAGUGGCUGUUCUGUGCAGGCAGAUAACUUUCCAGAGGUGGACAAGGCUAUACUAAUAGAACGAAUCGUGCGACUGCAGAAAGCUCAUGCACGUAAAAAUGAAAAGAUUGAGUUCAUGGAGGAUCAUAUCAGACAAUUGGUGGAUGAAAUACGAAAGAAAACGAGAAUCAUUCAGAGUUAUAUUCUGAGGGAAGAAUCUGGUGCAUUGUCCUCAGAAGCAUCUGAUUUCAAUAAAGCCCAACUGAGCAGACGUGGAGGAAUCAUGGCUUCACUUUACACUUCACAUCCAGCAGACAGUGGUCUAACAUUGGAGCUCUCUUUGGAAAUAAACAGGAAGUUGCAAGCUGUACUGGAAGACACGCUGUUAAAGAAUAUAACACUUAAGGAAAACUUGCAGACACUGGGUACAGAAAUAGAACGUCUGAUCAGGUGCCAGCAUGAAUUGAAACAGCAACUAAAGAACUGAAUUGGCACCGUUCUCUGUUUAAGCAACUCCAUUGUGAAUUCAAGGGAACAGGUGUUGGACAGGCUGAGGUCGUACAUCACUCAUGACUCGGACAAGUAUAUAUUAUUUGCCUUCACAAAAGAUAAUGUUGCAUCUACUAAAACACAGGUUUGGAAUAUUCAUUAUGCUGCAUUGAACUGACUUCUGUGAAACAUUACUUUCUGAAGCAAGUUUUAUGUUAACACUCCAAGAUACCAAUCAUGUAACUGUAAUCUGCUACAAAAGUAAUGAAUGAAGACUGCUACAAUCAGCUCAGAGUAACAACUAUUGGAUGUUGAUCAUUCUUCUAUGCUCUUUGUUGUUCUUAAAAAAGCAAUGAAUACCAUGUCUCCCUAGAUGAGAAUGUUUAAUCAUGAAGGUUUUGGGACUAUAGUGCAAUCAUACAAUGCAACACUGGAAGUUUUCAGCUAACAACCUAAGUUUUUAUUUUAGUAUUCAUUUGAUUUCAAAACUCAAAUAGGGCUGAGGCAAUGAAGUGCAUAUCCAUCCAAAUGUCUGACAAAUUUCACAUUCUUACUUUAAUACUGACAGUACUUCAAGUACAACUUUUCAGGAAUUGAAUAAUUUUAUUUCUCUGAAUUGUAUAUGUAAUAUGAAUUAUUAUGUCUGUUAGGCCAAAUUAAUGGAUUCAUAAUCCAAUUAACCAAAUUGCACCUGAAAUCUAGUAAGGUCAGGAUAUUUGGCUGUUGAUUGAGUUAUAUUUCAUGUAAGUGUAUGGUCACUUGUUAUAGUAGAAUGUUAGCAAAGCUGAUAAUGAAAAAUGGUUUAGAUUUUUUUGGGGGAAAUAGUAAGAAGGGAAAUUUCAAUUUGUUGAGAAGGAAAAGAUGAUGGUAACCACACAAAGGUCAGUGAUCAAAACUAAUUUCUCAAAUUGAUACAAAUAAUCUAUUGAUCAAUGUGUCAUUUUCAAAUCCCUCAGUUGGAGGAUAGCAUUCUGAUGUUGCCCUUGGAUAAGAAUCGACUUCUUUUUAAAAAGAAAGCAGUUUUUUUUUCUUCUGUAAAAUCUAAUGGAAAUGCACUUUAAAUUCAAAUUGUUGCCUUCCAAAUUGCACAGUUAAUGUCUGUUAUUGUAGUACAAAUUUCUGUUUUCAAUAUUUCAAAUAUUUUUCUUCCAAUUCAUUCACUAUCUGUUGCAACAGUAAUGUAGUUUAUUUUGGAAAUUCAUUUGUAAAAUUAAGUUGUAGAUACAUUUCUGUAUAAAGAGGAGUUUUUAAAGUUUUAAUCUAUUAUAUGUAUAUAUGGCAUACUGGAUGAAUAAAUUACAUUUUGUGUCUUAUUUUGCUGCUAUGUUAGAUUAUCAGAUGAUUAACCUCAAUUUUAAAGGGAAGUAAAUUCUACGAAAUUUAUUUGGCUUGUCUAUAACGUGUGUAUUGCCCUGUUGUAAUGGAAACAGCACAUGUUCCUUCAAAGCAUGAAGCAUGGUUCCUUAGAGUCAUAGAAAAGUACAGCACAGAAACAGGCCUUUCAGCCCAUCUAGUCUAUGCCAAACGGUUUAAACUGCCUUCUCCCAUCCACCUGCACUGGGACCAUAAGCCUCCAUAGCUUGUAUUUGUUUGACAUCUAUCCCAUGAUUUUAUAAUGAAAGGAGAAUCAAUAAAUUAAGUAGCAAUUCCAAUUUGAAUUAAUUAAUUUUACCCAAGGAAAAGAGCAAAGGAAAUUUGUUUUCCAGGCCUCAAUGUCCUGUUGUGCUUUGCAGUCGACAAUUACCAUUAGAAGUGUAAUCACUGUGUUACGGUAGAGAAAGCAGUUAUUACUGUGCACUGCAAGAUCCCACAGACCAACAAAUAAGUUAAAUGUUUGUAGAGUAUAGCUCCUGGCAGUGUCCCUGUGAUUUUAUUUUGAGUAAAACUGGGAGUGUUUUUAUGACUGCCCGAGAGAGCUGUUAAAUGUUCUAUCCAAAAUCUUCGGCAAUGUAUUCUCUGAUUUUGGGAAGAAAAAUUGCCACUGUAGCAAACACAAACUUCCUUUUCUGUUUGGUAUCUGUUUCUGAAAAGAAGUUGGUGUUACUUGGAGCAGAUGGGUGAUUGAAUUUGAGACAUUCAGAUAACUGUAUGCAAGAGAAUCUAGUGUGCUGGACCAGUAGAUAGGUAAUAAAAAGCUUUGAGAACGAGCCUUGGGGGCAGUAAGGGUGAGAGGAGUGUAUCGGAGAUGAAAUUCUGUUUACAGCCUCUAUUUAGAAAGAAUCAUUUCAGCUUAACUAUACCAGAUGAAUUUUGCAAGCAAUUGAUUAUCUCAUGCAAAUACUAAAUUGUGAAUUUAUUACUUCAUUGUUUUAGACACAGUAAAAUUCCUACGGUUUUACAAAUACUUCAGGGUUGUUUUUUGUUUUCCCUUAGAAUGUGAGAUAUAGAUGACCAACUUUAUUAUGUAUAACAUUUGAAAUAGGAACUUCAUGCCAUAAACAUUCUGUUAAACAUCCGUGAUUAUUUUUCUUAUUUUAAGUGUAAACUGGCAUUUCCCAUGCUCUUCCUCCCAGUCUCUGUAACCCUGCUGCAGCAUGAUAGUAAAUGUAAUCAUCUGAAAGUAA